AGCUAAUUUGAACAACUUACUAAAACAAGCUCUAAUCUGCAUACACGCAGAUCCUCAUCUAUUUUCAUAAGUUCAUUUAUACACUCUAGAAUCUAGACUAUAACAUUAGCUCAAGUAAAUUCAAGUUCCAAUUACCAUGUUAAAUUGUUAAUGGGUCUGUUUUGCAGAGAAAAAGGUGUUGGUUCACUUAAGAGCUGAGAGGAUUAUGGUCCAACAUGGCAUGUAUUUGCAAGAAUUCUUCUAUGAAUUCAAGGAGGAACUGAAUCAAGAGGUGGUGUUCUGGCACUGAACAGGUGAGGUGGUGAUUUAUUCAAGGGAAAAACUCAAUGACAGUUGAAAGGAGGUUUGUUUUGGUGGGGAUUAAAUUCGAUAGCCGUAGCAGGCAGAUCCUCAACUGGGCUCUUGUCAAAGUUGCUGAACCUGGGGAUUGUGUUAUUGCAGUCCAUGUAGUUAAAAGUUCAGAUUAUGUUUCCAAAAACAAGAGCCUAAUAGAUGGCUAUUUGGAAGUUUAUGAAGGACUGUGUGGUCUGAAGAAGGUUGGUCUCACAGGUCAAAUCUUCUCAGGUAGCUCCAUUAGAAACAUCCUUGUUAGAGAAGCAAAAAACCAUGCUGCUAUGGCUCUAGUGGUAGGGGGUGGAGCUACCACAGCUAAAUAUUGUGCCAAACAGCUUCCACUCACCACCAAUGUUCUAGCCAUCCAAGAUUCCAGAAUUGUCUUCAGGAGGUGCACCAAUAAACAACUAUCAGAUAGUCCUAUACAAGAUCCAAGACCAAGCUUAACAAGCACAAAAUUCCUUAGUGGCACUGUGAUCCGGUCUGAAUUUGACAACUCUGUGGAGAAGAAUGAGAUAUCAACAAGCCAAAAUUCCAUAGAACCGAAACAAGAAGCGUUGGACAGAAUACAAAGGUUAAAGCCAAGGUCAUUAUCUAUGCAUGCAGGUGAUCCUGCUAAGAAGCAGCUUGGUUGGCCUCUUCUUCGCAGAGCUAAUUCAGGAAUCUCACAAACCUCUAAUGCAAGGGACAUUUCAGUAGUACAAUGGGUAAUGAGUUUACCAAAUCGUUCACCACAAAAAAGUUCUGUCUGUUCUUCCAUUGAGGAAAGCCCAUCCGAAAGGGGUAUCAGUGACAUUGAGGAUGAGAGCUCUAAAAAUUCUUCACCUUCAUCUGUUGAAGUUGAAUUACCAAAGAACCUAGAGCGGAUGUUAAAUGUAAACUCACUCAAUUGCAAGAGGUUCAGCCUUGAGGUUCUGAAGUCUUACACUGGCCAAUUCUCUUCAGAAAACUUGAUUGGGAAAGGAGGGAGCAAUCGCGUGUACAAAGGAGUUCUUCCCGAUGGAAAGCCAAUUGCAGUUAAAGUAUUGAGGACAUCAAAAGAAGCCUUGAAAGAUUUUUCCCUUGAGGUGGAAAUAAUAUCCUCAUUAAAGCACACAAGCAUCACCCCUCUACUUGGGAUUUGCAUAGAGGACAAUGCUUUGAUAUCUGUUUAUGAUUAUUUCCCCAAAGGGAGCUUAGAGGAAAAUUUACAUGGAAACAACAAGGAUGAAUCCAUCUUGUCAUGGGAAGUGAGAUUUAAAGUAGCUGUUAGGAUAGCUGAAGCUCUUGAUUAUCUACACAGGGAAGCUUUAAAACCUGUUAUUCAUAGAGAUGUUAAAUCUUCAAAUAUUCUUCUUUCCCAUGGGUUUGAACCACAGUUGUCUGAUUUUGGACUUGCAAUAUGGGGACCAUCAACUUCAUCCUUUUUGACACAACAAGAUGUAGUGGGAACAUUUGGUUAUCUUGCUCCUGAAUACUUCAUGUAUGGAAAGGUCAGUGACAAGAUAGAUGUCUAUGCCUUUGGUGUGGUUCUACUUGAACUAAUAUCAGGUAGGGAACCUAUCAGCUCGGAACCUUGCAAAGGACAGGAGAGCUUGGUUGCGUGGGCAAAGCCAAUGAUAGAAAGUGAGGAUAUUAAAGGCUUGUUGGACCCAGAUUUGGAAGGGAAAUUUGAUGAGGCUCAAAUGCAAAGAAUGGUUCAAGCAGCAUCUUUAUGCAUCACAAGAGCUGCUAGGCUUCGUCCUAAACUGAACCAGAUACUGAAGAUCCUAAAAGGGGAUGAGAAUGUUGAACAUUUCUUCAACUCCCAUGGGAAUGAUCUUGAGAAUUCAGAAAAUCAAGAAAACAUUGAUGAUGAAGUGUAUCCAAAUUCAAGUGCAGAGUUACACCUGAGUCUUGCAUUACUUGGUGCUGAAGAUGAUAGUACAUCAUGUAGCAGUACAGACCACAGCUAUAGUGAAUACUUGAAAGAACAAUGGAGCAGGUCAUUAAGUUUUAAUUAGUUUCUUUUAAAACAUUAGUUUGUGCUUGUACAUUUUUGUUUUAAAUAAGGGACUUUGUAGAUUAGAAAGGUGUUGGGUACAAAUAUAGACGGUAAAGUUUUGUUUUGACCAAUGCUUGGUAUUGUUGGUUAGUUCAAACAAUACAUGCUUAUUGCUUACUUCCCCUCAAGCAAUGUAGGUAGCAAGGUAAGGUGUAUGUUAUGUUUUCGUUUUUUCAGUUCGAACAAGAUUGUCUGUGAUGAAGAUACAUGUAAUAGCACCAAAAAAAAAUUGUUUUGAAUUUAUAUGCAGAAUAAUGUAUUAAUUAA